CGAUCUCGGAUCCGCGAGCGCCACCAGGGCAGCAGCCGCCGCAGCCGCCGCCGCUGUGCUGAGGAGCCGGAGACGCGGGCGGAGGAGGUGGCGGCGGCGGCGGAGCGGGAGCGGGGAGCGGACGCGGGCGGAGCGCGGCGGCGCGGGUGUAAUCCAGAGAACAAUUUUCAAACAUCUUUGCUCAUAUUUGACACUGAGCAGUCAGGGGAUUCAGGCAUAUGAGGAGGUAUUGUUACACAAAACAGUGUCUAGUGAAGACGACAAGAAAGAGAGAGAAGGAUCGGAAAAAGAAGCUAAAAUACCAUAGGAAACCAUGAGAUCUAUUAGAUCUUUUGCCAAUGACGAUCGCCAUGUUAUGGUGAAACAUUCAACAAUCUAUCCAUCUCCGGAGGAACUUGAAGCUGUUCAAAAUAUGGUGUCUACUGUUGAAUGUGCUCUUAAACAUGUCUCAGAUUGGCUGGAUGAAACAAAUAAAGGCACAAAAACUGAGGGGGAGACAGAAGUAAAGAAAGAAGAGGCUGUGGAAAACUAUUCCAAGGAUCAAGGUGGCCGGACAUUGUGUGGUGUAAUGAGGAUUGGCUUGGUUGCAAAAGGCUUGCUGAUUAAAGAUGAUAUGGACUUGGAGCUGGUUUUAAUGUGCAAAGACAAACCCACGGAAACCCUGCUAAAUACAGUCAAAGAUAACCUUCCUAUUCAGAUUCAGAAACUGACAGAAGAGAAAUACCAAGUGGAACAAUGUAUAAGUGAAGCUUCUAUUAUAAUUCGGAACACGAAAGAACCCACAUUGACCUUGAAGGUGAUACUUACUUCCCCUUUAAUUAGGGACGAAUUGGAGAAGAAGGAUGGAGAAAAUGUUAUGAUGAAAGACCCUCCGGACUUACUGGACAGGCAGAAAUGCCUAAAUGCCUUGGCUUCUCUUCGACAUGCCAAAUGGUUUCAGGCAAGGGCAAAUGGAUUAAAGUCAUGUGUAAUUGUCCUCCGCAUUCUGCGUGAUUUGUGCAACAGAGUACCUACAUGGGCACCAUUGAAAGGAUGGCCACUAGAGCUUAUAUGUGAAAAGUCUAUAGGUACUUGUAAUAGACCUUUGGGCGCUGGGGAGGCCUUGAGACGAGUAAUGGAGUGUUUGGCAUCUGGAAUACUACUUCCUGGGGGUCCUGGCCUUCAUGAUCCUUGUGAGAGAGACCCAACAGAUGCUCUGAGCUACAUGACCACUCAGCAAAAAGAAGAAAUCACUCAAAGUGCACAGCAUGCACUUAGACUAUCAGCCUUUGGCCAGAUUUAUAAAGUGCUGGAGAUGGACCCCCUUCCAUCUAGUAAGCCUUUUCAGAAGUAUUCCUGGUCGGUUACUGAUAAAGAAGGUGCUGGAUCUUCAGCUCUAAAGAGGCCAUUUGAAGAUGGAUUAGGGGAUGAUAAAGAUCCCAAUAAGAAGAUGAAACGAAACUUAAGGAAAAUUCUGGACAGUAAAGCAAUAGACCUUAUGAAUGCACUAAUGAGAUUAAACCAGAUCAGGCCUGGGCUUCAAUAUAAGCUUUUGUCACAGUCUGGCCCAGUCCAUGCCCCAGUCUUCACAAUGUCUGUAGAUGUGGAUGGCACAACAUAUGAAGCCUCAGGACCAUCCAAGAAAACAGCAAAACUUCAUGUAGCAGUGAAGGUUUUACAGGCAAUGGGAUACCCAACAGGUUUUGAUGCAGAUAUUGAAUGUAUGAGCUCCGAUGAAAAAUCAGAUAAUGAAAGCAAAAAUGAAACAGUGUCUUCAAACUCAAGCAAUAAUACUGGAAAUUCUACAACUGAGACCUCCAGUACCUUAGAGGUAAGAACUCAGGGUCCUAUCCUCACAGCAAGUGGCAAAAACCCUGUAAUGGAGCUCAAUGAAAAGAGGAGAGGUCUCAAGUAUGAACUCAUCUCAGAGACUGGUGGAAGCCAUGACAAGCGCUUUGUAAUGGAGGUAGAAGUAGAUGGACAGAAAUUUAGAGGUGCAGGUCCAAACAAGAAAGUGGCCAAGGCAAGUGCAGCACUAGCUGCCCUGGAGAAGCUGUUUUCUGGACCCAAUGCAGCAAAUAAUAAGAAAAAGAAGAUCAUUCCUCAGGCAAAGGGUGUUGUGAAUACGGCAGUAUCUGCAGCAGUUCAGGCAGUUCGGGGCAGAGGAAGAGGAACUCUGACAAGGGGAGCGUUCGUGGGGGCCACAGCAGCUCCUGGCUACAUAGCUCCAGGUUAUGGAACACCGUAUGGUUACAGCACAGCUGCCCCUGCAUAUGGUUAAUACUUUUAAGCAGUUUUCAGCACGUUUAUCUCACUUUAUUCUCGUUCUCCUCGGACCUCCGUAGCCAUAUCACUUGUAUAAGAUAGGCUGAGAUAUAGUGACUGUAAGCUGUGAUCUCAGUUCACAAAGGUAAGCUCUUUUAUUUUCUGAUUAAAGAAAAAACAAUAACCAAUUAACACAACCUGCAUAUAUGACAAUCAUAUGAUGUAUUUGAUCUCUUAGGUCUUAUGUCACUGCAUUAACUUUAAAUUUUUAUGGUCUAAAUGUAAAAUAGUAAUUUUCAGUAUUUGUUUUAAUACUCUUGUAAAUGCUUUUUAUUCAAGAGAAACAUUUCACAUUCACUGAGUCAAGUGUAUGUGGGUAGAAAUUUAGGAUAUAAUGUCUAUGUAAAUUAUACAUACAGAAGCACUUGUUGGAAUAUAAUAAUUCAGUGGUAGGAACACUUUAAGAAGAAUUAAAAUGAAAGGGCACUCUGUUGGCCAAGAAGCUGGGAUAUCAGAAGCAGUAACAUUGGUAACAGUGCCGUAGGAUUCAUGUGCGCACUUGCAACACAGGCUGAGGGUAUAAGUGCCAAUCUCUCAAGAAGAGAACCUUCUCUGACCUGUGUUGCAUGCCCCAAUACAGCAACAGCAAGAAGCCAUUUAAAAAAAAAAAAAAAAGCAAUAGAAAA